CCUCUCUCCAGAAAGUCACUUCAGAGAGCUGCUUGUGUACUCGUGUUCUCUCUCUCUCUCUGUGUAUCGCUCUCUCUCUUUCUCUCUCUCUCUCCUCCUCCUCCUCUCUCUCUCUCUCUCUCUCUCACUGGUGUGUGUGUGCCUCAGUCGAUCUCCGCUGCUCAGUUCAUCAUGUUGGCUGGAGAAUGCUGCGUGCGGCAGCGCUCUCUCUCCUGCCCUGGCGCGGGACGCAUCUGUCCCACCCGCCGCAGCUGAGCACCCUCACAGAAGAGGACGAGCCGGAGCGACACAAGCAGCAGGACGAGGACGACGAGGAGGUCUCAGGGGUCCAGCAAGACCCUAUGUUCCAACAGACCGCUUACCUGCUGGAGGGUCCCGAGGACAUGGGGGUGUCGUCCUGCGGGCUGAAGUCUCCAGAUUGGGUCUACGAGUCCUACUACCGAAUGAGCCAGCAGCAUCCACUCAUCGUGUUCCUGUUGCUCAUCGUGAUGGGAGCGUGCCUGGCACUGCUCGCCGUGUUUUUCGCCUCUGGGCUGGACAUGGAGGAACACAUGGCCUUCAUCAUGACUGUGCCUACAACACUGGCCAUUUUUUUGGCCAUCUUCAUUCUUGUCUGCAUCGAGUCUGUCUUCAAAAAGCUCCUUCGCCUCUUCUCCCUGCUCAUCUGGGGCUGUCUGGUUGCCAUGGGUUACCUCUUCAUGUUUUUCGGUGGGAUCAUCUGUCCGUGGGACCAGGUGUCGUUUUUCCUGUUUAUUGUGUUUGUGGUCUACACCAUGCUGCCGUUCUCCAUGAGGGAUGCCGUCAUCGCUAGUGUCCUCACUUCAUCCUCCCACACGCUAGUGCUCAGCAUCUGCCUCUCCAACACUAGCGACCACAUGGAGGCCCUCGUCUGGCAGAUCCUUGCCAACAUCAUCAUCUUCAUCUGUGGAAAUGUGGCAGGGGCCUAUCACAAACACCUGAUGGAUCUGGCUCUUAAACAGACGUACCACGACACCUGCAACUGCAUCAAGUCUCCCAUCAAACUGGAAUUUGAGAAGCAUCAGCAGGAGCGUCUUUUACUAUCCCUGCUUCCCGCCCACAUCGCACGGGUCAUGAAGGCGGAGAUCAUCCAGAGACUGAAGGGACCCAACUUCAGCCAGGCGGAAAACACCAACAACUUCCACAACCUCUAUGUACAGAGGCACACUAAUGUAAGCAUUCUGUACGCAGACAUUGUUGGAUUCACACGUCUGGCCAGUGACUGUUCACCUGGAGAACUGGUCUACAUGCUCAAUGAGCUUUUCGGCAAAUUUGACCAGAUAGCCAAGGAUAAUGACUGCAUGCGGAUCAAAAUUCUAGGCGACUGCUAUUACUGCGUAUCGGGGCUGCCGGACCCUCUGUUGGACCAUGCCAAGAACUGUGUGAAGAUGGGGCUGGACAUGUGUGAGGCCAUCGAGAAGGUGAGAGAAGCCACCGGUGUUGACAUUAACAUGCGUGUUGGAGUGCAUUCUGGAAAUGUUCUCUGUGGUGUCAUCGGCCUUCAGAAAUGGCAGUAUGAUGUUUGGUCACAUGAUGUCACCCUGGCCAAUCACAUGGAGGCGGGCGGUGUUCCUGGACGGGUUCACAUCUCUUCUGUGACGCUGGAACAUUUGAAUGGAGCAUAUAAGGUCGAGCAGGGCAACGGACAAAGCAGAGAUUCAUACCUGAAAGAGCACGGCAUCGUCACAUAUCUAGUCAUCAACCCGAAGGCAGAAAAGCGCAGUCCUCUGCUUCUCUCUGCUAUUCGGCCCACUAUGUACGGAGCGAAGAUGAGAGCGUCUGUCCGCAUGACGCAGUACCUGGAGUCCUGGGGAGCUGCUAAACCUUUUGCUAACCUCCACCAUCGAGACAGCAUGACCAAUGAGAAUGGAAUGAUCAACACACGGGAUGUCCCAUUAGGGCAGUACAACUGUCAGCAAAGGUCUGAAAGAACAAAAUCUCAGAAGAAGAGAUUUGAAGAGGAGUUAAAUGAAAGAAUCAUUCGCACUAUUGAUGGCAUCAACUCACAGAAACAGUGGCUGAAAUCAGAGGAUAUUCAAAGGAUAUCUCUGUUCUUUCAUAACAAGGCACUUGAAAAAGAGUACAGAGCCACGACUCUGCCGGCCUUCAAGUACUACGUCACCUGUGCUUGUCUCAUUUUCUUCUGCAUCUUCAUAGUGCAGGUUUUAGUCUUGCCAAAAACCACCGUUCUUGAAGUAUCGUUUGGAAUGGCCUUCCUGCUGCUCGCCUUGAUCCUCUGCAUUUGUUUUGCCGGUCAUAUACUGCAAUGGGGCAAAGCUGCUUCCUGCACAAUGCCCAGGCUCCCCAGCUCCUCUAAAGUCAUCACCAACAAGCCCUGGAUACGACUCGCGCUCACUAUGGCAACAACUGCACUUAUCCUAGUCAUGGCCGUAUUCAACAUGUUUUUUUUAGGUGAAGACAGGAUGGUUGCAUCAACUUCACUUAAUAUUUCUAACAGCAGUAUGGAUGGGCCAUAUGGUCAGAUCACAAACUCCUCAAACAACAAGUUCUACUUGCCUUAUUUUAUCUACAGCUGCAUUUUGGGAUUGAUCUCGUGCUCCGUGUUCCUGAGGAUAAACUAUGAGCUGAAGAUGAUAAUUAUGCUCGGCGCUGUAGUGGCUUACAAUAUCAUCAUUCUCCAGACUCAUGCCUCCAUCCUGGACGACUACAGCAUGGCUCUCUACAAAACCCAGCAACCAGACCGGCCGGGUGUUCUGAAAGAUCUGAAAACCAUGGGCUCCAUCUCAUUGUUCAUUUUCUUCGUCACUUUGCUUGUGCUGGCGAGGCAGAAUGAAUAUUACUGUAGGUUAGACUUCCUCUGGAGGAACAAGUUUAAGAAAGAGUGUGAGGAGAUCGAGACCAUGGAGAACCUGAAUCGGGUGCUUUUGGAGAACGUUCUACCUGCCCAUGUGGCCGAACAUUUCUUGGGCCGGAACUGGAAGAAUGAGGACCUCUACCAUCAGUCAUACGAUACAGUGUGUGUGAUGUUUGCGUCUAUCCCAGACUUCAAGGAGUUCUACACAGAAUCUGAUGUUAAUAAAGAGGGGUUGGAGUGUCUCAGGCUCCUCAAUGAGAUUAUAGCAGAUUUUGAUGAGCUGCUGUCAAAGCCUAAAUUCAGUGGUGUGGAGAAGAUCAAAACUAUUGGCAGCACAUACAUGGCUGCAACAGGGCUGAACGUCACCCCUGGACUAGAGUACGCGCAGUAUCACGACCGGCAGUACAUGCACAUCGGGACCAUGGUGGAGUUUGCAUUCGCUCUGGUGGGGAAGCUUGACGUCAUCAACAAACAUUCCUUUAAUGACUUCAGGAUGCGAGUGGGAAUAAACCACGGUCCAGUAAUUGCAGGGGUAAUCGGAGCACAGAAACCACAAUACGAUAUCUGGGGGAACACUGUAAACGUAGCCAGCAGGAUGGAGAGCACAGGGGUGCUUGGGAAAAUCCAGGUCACGGAGGAGACAAAUUGGAUCUUACAGACAUUGGGCUACAUGUGUUCCUGUCGAGGGAUCAUCAACGUGAAGGGAAAGGGGGAUCUGCGAACCUUCUUCGUCCACACCGAGAUGACGCAGUCUUUAUCACAAGGGAAUGUAAUGCCUUGAACCCAAGUCCCACACAUCGUACACGAUAUUGAAUAAAUACAUGUACAGUUCAAUAUAACUUUGGCCUGUUGUAGUGGAGCUCUGCAGCGUUCUGUUCGCAGCACAUAAAGUAGAUUAUCUCUGCAUUGCUUUAAAAGUAAUGGUCGGCUCAGAGGCUCUGUGUAACCCAGACGUGUCAUUGUGUGUCGCUCAAUCCAUAAUUUAAAGCAGCUGAUGACGAUUUUUGUAAAAUAAAGACACUUAGAAAAGGGGGCCAUGUUUUGAUGCUAUCAUUUUGUUAUCCAUUAAAAUUUAUAUACAAACAUCAA